AGGCGUGGGAAUCGUGCUUUCUCACCUGGGCUGCCAUGAAUGUUGUACGUGAAAUCAGCAAGAUAAACGAGCGUGAACUGGAGCUGGGCGUGAGUGGGUCAUGGCACGAUGAAUACAAAGACUCUGCCUAUAUUUUUAUCGGAGGCCUCAACUUCGAGCUGACAGAAGGAGACGUGAUUGCUAUAUUCUCACAAUAUGGCGAAGUCAUGGAUGUCAAUUUGCCUCGUGACAAAAACACCGGUAAAACAAGGGGAUUCGGAUUUCUCAUGUACGAAGAUCAACGGUCAACCGUAUUGGCCGUGGAUAAUCUCAAUGGGGCUAAAGUCCUUGAAAAAACACUGCGUGUGGACCAUGUCAAGAACUACAAACAGCCUGGGGCAAAGGGUGAAGAUGGUGAAUGGCGUGAGCCGGAAGAACAAAGUUUGAACGCUAAGCCCAAGUUAAUUAUGGAUGACCAUGAGGCGUCAGAUUCGGAUGCAUCCUCAGCCCCCUCUAUAGAUCCCGAGGAUCCCAUGCGCGAUUAUCUUUUAGCCCAGCGCAAAGAGGAAAAGGCUCGGAAGAAGACGAAAAAGUCAAAGUCAUCUAAAGACAAGCGGAAGGAUGAGACACCCGAAGAACGAAAGGCAAGGAAGGAACGGAAAAAGGAAAAGAAGGCACGCAAGCUACAGGUAAAAUCCGAGGGUAUGAGAGGAGUGGAAGAGCUAUUGAGCUCCCUUGGCCGUCGGGACAGAGACGAAGACCGUGAGGCCGUUUCACGGAAUCGCACACCUCCUUCGAGAAGGAGGAGCCUUUCUCGGAGCAGUCGAUCGCCAGUAAGGUCCCGAGGUCCACGGGUGCGGAGUCGUUCUCCUAUUGCAAGUGGCCCCGAUUAUAGAGAUCGCAGCUCAACAAGAAAUAUACGUGGCGACGACAACAGGCACAGAGACUCAUCCAGACAGAAGCGGAGGACAAGUAGAGAUUAUGACUGAGUCAUAUCUUAAUGAUGACUGUACAUUGACAUAUGUAUAAACUCCAUGUUUCACGGCUCAUCUUAUCAUUGUGAUAACGGUGGAAAAGAGAAGGAGAGUCACGAUACAUGAUCAUAGAUUAACGAAUCAGCUGGACACAAAGUGUAUCUCUGCCCCUCGGCACCAAACCUUAAGAAAUG